UCUCUUAACAGGAAAUUGCUGAGCCCUUGUUUCACCUAAAGCUGGCAAUGGAACAGCUGGCGGCCAGCCAGACCUUCAGGUGUAUCCUAGCGACCGUUUUAGCCAUCGGUAACUUUCUCAAUGGCUGUAAGGCUCGAGGCUUUGAGCUGAGUUACCUGGGGAAGCUGUCUCAGGUGAGGGACACUCACACUCGCCAGCCUCUGCUGCACCAUGUCUGCGUGCUCCUGCAGCAGCUCUACCCACAAUCCUCUGACCUCCACUCUGACAUCACCGCUGUCACCAAAGCUGGAAAGUGCGACUACUCUCUAGUCCAGUCCAACUUUGCGCAGCUGGAGGCCAUGUGCAAGGCAUCAUGGGAGCAGCUGAAGGUUUUGGAGAAGUCUGAGGAAAAGAAGAAAGGAGGAAAAGGUGACAAGCGUAAAGGGAAAGAUGACAUGGAGUUGUUUGUUCCAGAGGGUUCGCUCCGUUACAGGCUGCCCAAGAUCCUGAAGGAGUGUGAAGAGAGGCUGAAGGUCCUGAGAGCCGUCCACCGCCGGGUUAUCAACAGGUUCCACUCCUUCCUUCUCUUCCUGGGGUACUCCAAAUCCAUGGUGAGAGACACCAGAGCAGAAGACUUCUGCAGAACUAUCAGUAACUUCUCCUUGGAGUACAGGUCCACAAGGCAGGCCGUGCUCCUGCAGAGGGAGCGCGAGAGGCAGAGGAAUGGAGCUGAAAGCCCAGGCCCUGGAACACCAGUGGGCAGGAGGAAACACCAGCAAACCCCAGCCUCACAGGAAAAUGAUGAACAAUGUCGGCUGGAGGAGGUGCUGAGAACACCUGCGUCACUCGCCAGAUUAGAUGUAACUUUGCCAAGAAACCGCAGGAGGAUGGCCAGCUUUCAGGGUUCCUUAUCAAGAAAACUGAAGUGGUGACCAUGCUGAUGUUCCUCUUUUAGUCCAUGGAGAAGGUUAUUUAAGAUGUAGCUGUGAAAUUGUCUCCCCAGGGUAGAGUGGAGUUGCUUGUCACAUAACCUGUCACUGCAACACUAUGGGGGGCCUUGAUAUUGCUGUCAGGCCAUUUUCCAUUUUAUCUUUUAUUGGUAAUCAAUGUCAUUAGCAUGGGGAUUUUUGCUUGUCUGUUUGUUUUUUUAAGUUGAAAUAAAAUGUGUUAUUUAAAAAAUUGAACACUUAUUAAAAGUGAUUAAAAGAUUGGGUUUUGUUCAGUUCAGUUCUAUAGAUUUUUUUUUUAACCAUAAUCUAUUUGUUUGGACAAUGAAUGGUAACAGUGAUGCACCAAAGGAUUGUGGGAUGUUUAACUAAAGCAAAUGUAUAUAUCAUCUGUAAAUAUGUUAUUAUUGAACAUUACUUUUAUCAAAGGACAUUUCACAAUUAACCAAAAUUAUUCAAAGCUGAAAUAAAAGUUUGAAAUUAUGCUAUGAAGGUCUAAAUAUUGAGUUAUCUAUCAGGGCUUAAAAGAUAAGAUAAUGAAUUCCCAAGAUUUUUGUUUUGUUUUUAAUUAA